CAGUGCAGUGAAGCGUCUUGUCACUUGGCUUGUAGACAUCAUGGGUGUUGCAACUCUGCUUUGCCUUCAGCUUGCAGCUUCCAUGCUGUUGCUGGUUUUCUCAAGUGCCCAGAGUGGGUAUGUGGGCAUUGUGAAUGGCACUGUAGCAAAAGAACACUCCAGACCCUACAUGGUCUCUGUGCAGAAAAAUAAGGGACAUAUCUGUGGUGGCUUUCUGGUGUCUGAGUCAUUUGUCAUGACUGCAGCUCAUUGUAUCACUUGGGGAGUGAAUUUGACUGUUAUGGUAGGGGGACACGACAUUACAAACCAGAAAAGUGGAACAAGGAUACCAGUGAAAUACUACCAUAUCAACCCUGGACACAUUGUUAAGCCACUUCUCAAUGACAUUGCACUUCUACAGCUGGCAGAAGGAGCAAAACAGUCCAACUCUGUAAAAUGGAUCUCUAUUCCUAAGAAAGACAAAGACAUCAAAGGGGCAGAGGUUUGUAGUGUGGCCGGAUGGGGGGCAACAAAAACCAAUGGGCCUGUAAACAAUCUCCUUCUCGAGGCAAAUGUGGUUAUCGUGAAAAGAAAAGAGUGCAAGCAAUACUGGAAUGAUUUUUUCAGUGAAGGAAUGCUUUGUGCGAGAGGUAAAGCAGGCUUUUGCCAGGGUGAUUCAGGAGGCCCUCUGGUCUGCAAGAACAAGGCUGUGGGAGUAGUGUCGUUCAACGAGAAAAAUAACUGUAACAACCCAAAAAAGCCAAAUGUCUACACAAAAAUAUCAGCAUAUCUGCCAUGGAUAAAGAGUAUUUUAAAGAGUAAGGCCACAACCGUCGACUGGCCUGGGGCUGGCCAGUGGGACCAGAGCGAGAAGCAGAACGCUCUCGGCUCCUCUUCCAGCCACAGCUCGGCUGCCCGCUCUGCGGCUGCUGCCGCUGUUGUGGGCACUGCCUACACCUCUGUUUCUGUCGAUGUAUGGCCAUCGGACGGGGAGACACUCAGGUGCGAGUCCAAUGGGCUGGCCGCCCGGGAACCUGGACUGGAGAGCCGAUGCUGGGUUAAUGAGUGCCGGCCAAUCGACGUUGAGACGGGAGGCAGCCCGCUCACACACCUCCAAGAACUGGUCAGCCCAACUGAGCAGAGCCGGGCCCUGGAGGGUUUCCAGGGCCUUCAUGUCUUCGUCGUCUCCCUCGUGGUCCGACCACGGCUGCUCUUCGACGCUCUGAGUGGCUUUAGGAACUUUAAGCCUCCGGCGCAGGAGCUUCCGAGGCAGAGCCAUGCAGUGACUGCAACUCUCAGAUUGGCAAAAACAGUCAUAGAACACAUUGGGGAGGAUGUGGACGAGCUCGAUGUGAGUUAUCCCCUGCAGUGCACUGAUGCGUCUGUCACUUGGCUUGUAGACAUCAUGGGUGCUGCAACUCUGCUCUGCCUCCAGCUGGCAGCUUCCAUGCUGUUGCUGGUUUCCUCAAGUGCCCAGGGUGGGUAUGUGGGCAUUGUGAAUGGCACAGUAGCAAAACCCUUCAGACCCUACAUGGUCUCUGUGCGACAAAAUAAGGAACAUAUCUGUGGUGGCUUUCUGGUGUCUGAGUCAUUUGUCAUGACUGCAGCUCAUUGUAUCACUUGGGGAGUGAAUUUGACUGUUAUGGUAGGGGGACACGACAUUACAAACCAGAAAAGUGGAACAAGGAUACCAGUGAAAUACUACCAUGUCAACCCCGGAUACAUUCCUAAGACACUUCAGAAUGACAUUGCAAUUCUACAGCUGACAGAAGGAGCAAAACAGUCCAACUCUGUAAAAUGGAUCUCUAUUCCUGAGAAGGACAAAGACAUCAAAGGGGCAGAGGUUUGUAGUGUGGCCGGAUGGGGGGCAACGAAAACCAAAGGGCCUGCAAACAAUCUCCUCCUCCAGGCAGAUGUGGUUAUCAUGAAGAGAAAAGAGUGCAAUCAAUUGUGGAAGGGAUACUUCAAUAAAAAAAUGCUUUGUGCGAGUGGUAAAGCAGGCUUUUGCCAGGGUGACUCAGGAGGCCCUCUGGUCUGCAAGAACAAGGCUGUGGGAGUAGUGUCGUUCAACGAGAAAAAUAACUGUAACAACCCAAACAAGCCAAAUGUCUACACAAGAAUAUCAGCAUAUCUGCCCUGGAUAAAGAGUAUUUUAAACAGUGUCAAACACUGAUGAAAUGAAAUAAAUG